AUGGUUCAAAAAAACGAGUUUUUCGACCCAGAAACUGCAGUUCAAUGCUUGAAAUCCUAUGAUAACGCUGAUGGUCUUUCAGCGGAAGAAGUUUUUGAUUCUCGUAUUAAUGGUGGUUUAACUUAUAAUGAUUUUUUAAUACUUCCUGGUUAUGUCGAUUUUCCCGCGUCUGAAGUUUCCUUGGAGUCUCAAAUAACCAGGAACAUUGUCAUUAAUACUCCUUUUAUGAGUGCACCGAUGGAUACGGUUACAGAAACAGACAUGGCCAUAAAUAUGGCCUUAUUAGGUGGCAUCGGUGUAAUACAUAACAAUUGUACUAUCGAAGAACAAGCCGAAAUGGUUCGUAAGGUGAAAAAAUUCGAAAAUGGUUUUAUCACAGAUCCUGUAUGUCUGACGCCCAAUCAUAACGUGGCUGAUGUACAUCGAAUUAAACAACAAUUUGGCUAUAGUGGUAUUCCAAUCACUGAAAAUGGCCAACUUUACAGUAAACUUUUAGGUAUUGUCACAGCACGUGACAUUCAAUUCCACGAAAAUGAUAAAACACUUCUAAAAGAUGUAAUGACAACGAGUCUCGUGGUGGCACGAGAAGGUGUAACCCUCGAAGAAGCCAAUCAAAUACUAAGAUCAAGCAAAAAGGGCAAACUCCCGAUUGUCAAUUCACGCGGAGAACUCGUGUCAUUGCUAGCCAGAUCCGAUCUCCUGAAAAAUUUAAACUUUCCCUUGGCUUCAAAAACUUUAGAUUCAAAACAACUUAUUUGUGCCGCUGCUAUCGGUACAAAAUCAGAUGAUGAGCUACGAUUGAGAAAAUUGAUAGAUGCGGGGUUAGAUAUAGUCAUAAUAGAUUCGAGCCAAGGCAAUUCGAUAUAUCAAGUUGAAAUGAUUAAAUAUAUCAGAAAAACCUAUGAAAACAAAAUUGAUAUAAUCGCAGGAAAUGUUGUCACGAGAGAACAAGCUGCUACGCUAAUUGAAGCGGGUGCCGAUGCUUUACGUGUUGGUAUGGGUAGCGGCAGUAUAUGUAUUACUCAAGAAGUUAUGGCCGUCGGACGUCCACAAGGAACCGCAGUCUACAGAGUAGCUCAAUUCGCUCAUCAAUUCGGAAUUCCAGUUAUUGCAGAUGGUGGAAUUCAGAAUGUAGGUCAUAUUACUAAAGCACUUGCAUUAGGAGCUUCCGCUGUCAUGAUGGGUGGUCUACUAGCUGGAACCACCGAAUCACCCGGUGAAUACUUUUACCAUGAAGGAAAACGAUUAAAAAAAUAUCGGGGAAUGGGUUCAUUAGAUGCGAUGGAAUAUGGCUCUAAUAAAAAAGAAAGAAAUGGUAAUGGUAAUGCUGCUGCUCAGCGUUAUUUCUCGGAACGAGAUGUUGUUAAAGUGGCGCAAGGUGUUGCAGGUGCAGUCGUCGAUAAAGGUUCAGUUCGAAAAUUCGUGCCUUAUCUUAUCACAGGUCUUCAACAUGGACUACAAGAUAUUGGUGCUAAUAGUUUAACAAAUUUACGAGAGGAUGUAAGGGAUGGUAAAGUAAGAUUCGAACUUAGAACUGCUGCAGCACAAGUGGAAGGUGGAGUUCAUGGGCUACAUUC